AGGUGGUGCUAGAAUCAAAAAAAACAUAAGAGCUAAGUUAGAAGGUUUUUUUCUGAACGGGAAUCGAGUAGAUAAAGACAAAAUGAGCACAAAGGCCAUGCAGGCUGAACUCCUAAAAUUUGUUGAAAAUAGAGACAUUGAAGCAGAGAAUAUUUCAAAAACUUCUACAAUACAAAAUUAG